AACUAUUACUCAAACAGUUUCAGUCCCGGCAGCAACCAAAUAAUAACACAACCCCUCACUCAUCCAACCAUUCUUUCUUUCUUUCUUUCUUUCUUUAGCCAUGAUGAACUUGGACGUGUACCACAGCUUGAUCUUCGGCAAGCAUCGACUGGACGAUCGGGACAAUUAUUGGGGCUCGGAUUACUUCCACGUGGCGGCGUCGGAGGCGGAGGCGUCGGCCAUCGGCGGCGGUGAUCACGGGAUAGACGAGGACGAUAUCCUGUACGCGGAGCUGAGCCGGCAGGUCCUGCUGCUGACGGCCGAUGACGAUGAAGAUGACGUAACCACAUUCGAGGAAGAGGCUCAACGGCGUCGUUUCGAUGAUGGCAGCAGUGGUUAUGGCAACUUCGUGAUGGGCAUGAAGAGGUCGACGUCGGUAAAUAGCAACGAGGGUUACAACAAUAGUUGGAGUAAUUUCGGGUCGGCGGUGGCAGAUUUUACCGCCGGGAUGAAUCAACUUCCGUAUUUCAACCUGUGGGAGAGCAGUAGUGCUGCCGGUGGUGGUGCCAGCUGGCAGGGGAAUUCUUCGUGGGGGAGUGCUGCUCUUAACACCGGGACUGGAGUUUUCAUCCCUCAUGUUGCUAACUCCAAGAGGAGGCACCGACGAGGCAAGAAGAACGGGAAGAAGAGGGCAGGUGGCAGCAGCAAGCAAGCGGGUGAGAGCAAGCAAUAGUUGUUGACGUGGCCGGCCAUACAAUUAUUUUUUAAUUAUCUGUGGAGGGUUAUUCUUUCUGCAAUUGAGAGGAGGAGAGAUCUGAUUGACUCUAUAAUUUAAUUUGUGAGUGUCUGUGUGGGAUGCCUGAGAUCCUGAUGAUAAUUUUGUUGCCAUCUUUUCUUUAUCGGGCCUGAUGAGGGAGAUGCUUGUUUUUCGUCUUCUCCUGAGCCUGAGAGGGGCUCUGUUUUUUAACCAUAUUUAUAUUAUUUUUCUCUGGGUUUCCAGCAACUAUACUAAUUAAUGUAUUGUUUUGGU